UUCUUCUUUCGUUUUAGUUCGUAGCUCCGUCGAGCGGUCGCAGAGAGGUCCGGGCUCUGCACCAGCCUCGCCGCUCGCCUGUUCCUCCCCGCGGGCGUCGACUAGCCGCUUCCGCCUUCAUGCGCGGCCUUCUCUGCGGCGCUGCCUCCCCUCCAAGGCUCUGCCAGCUGGCAGCCGAUUCAUGAGGUACGCGGCGAGGAAAGCUGCGGCUGCGCUGCAAUCGCCGCCGACACUCUCGUCUACCUCCUCCGCACCGCUCCUCCAGCGGUCCCAAUCCCUCUGUGCUAGCGCGCCAGAAAAAGGAUUGGCUCGGAUUUCCCAAGAAAUCGUCUCCCUUCCGAUCUCCUGCGUGAGAGGCCAUCACUUCCACAAUGCACGCAAGCUGCUUGACGAAACCCCAAAGAGGAGCGCGUCCGCGUGGACGGCGUUCAUUGCGGGCUGUGCGCGCAGUGGUCGGCACAUGGACGGCCUGAGCGCUUUCACGGAGAUGCGAGCCAAAGGUGGAGCUGAGCCAAAUGCGUUUGUUCUUGCCGCCGUCCUCAGGUGCUGUGCUGGUCUCCGCGACAUGGAGUCGGGUAAGUGCAUCCACGGAUGGAUGCUGAGGAAUGGAGCGCAUCUCGACGUUGUUCUGUGCAAUGCUGUUCUUGAUAUGUACGCCAAGUGUGGCGACUAUGAGUGCACUAAGCGGGCAUUUAAAGCAAUGACCAAGAUUGAUGCCGUCUCCUGGAACAUUGUGAUCAGUGCAUGUAUGCAGAAUGGUGACAUUCUUGGGUCGAUGCAGCUGUUCGACGUAUCCCCAUUGCGGGACACUUCAAGCUGGAACACUGUCAUCAGCGGCUUGAUGCGGAAUGGGUGUGCUGCCAAGGCGCUGGACUGCCUGUAUCGUAUGGCACGAGCUAGAGUGGUCUUUAAUCACUACACAUACUCUACGGCACUUGCCUUGGCUGGCAUGCUUUCCUUGCAAGACCUUGGCCGGCAGCUCCACGGCCGCGUGCUGACAGCUGCAGUGGACACUGACGCAUUUGUCCGGAGCUCUCUCAUGGACAUGUACUGCAAGUGCGGUUCAAUGGAGACUGCUGUGUUAAUCUUUGAUAGCUGGUCACAGCUUACUGGGGACAUGAACUUUGCAUGGAGCGCAAUGGUCGCUGGGUAUGUCCAGAAUGGCAGGGAGGAAGAAGCUUUCGAGUUCUUCCGCUCGAUGUUGCGUGAAGGGGUUGCUGCACAUCAGUUCACCCUCACCAGUGCAAUUGCAGCGUGUGCAAAUGCAGGGAUGGUUGAGCAAGGCAGGAUAUUUGACAGAGCUUGUGCCAAGAAUGUUGCUCUCUGGACUUCAAUGCUGUGCUCCUAUGCAUCACACGGGAAAGGCAGGAUGGCGAUAGAGCUCUUCAACCGAAUGACUGCAGAAAAGAUCACACCAAAUGAGAUUACCCUGGUCGGUGUUCUAUCUGCCUGUAGCCAUGGCAGAUUGGUCAAUGAAGGAGAUCACUUCUUCAAGCUAAUGCAAGAUGAGUAUGGAAUUGUUCCAAGCAUUGAGCAUUACAAUUGCAUGGUUGAUCUUUAUGGUCGAGCUGGAAUGCUCUACAAAGCACAUAACUUCAUCAAGGAAAACAACAUUAAGCAUGAAGCUAUUGUUUGGAAGACGUUAUUGUCAGCUUGUCGACUUCACAAGCACAUGGAGUAUGCAAAACUUGCUUCUGAAAAUUUGAUUCAGCUGGAGGAAUGUGAUGCUGGAUCAUAUGUUAUGCUGUCAAACGUAUAUGCCACUCACAGCAAAUGGCUUGACACUUCAAAGCUUAGAAGUUCGAUGCGGGAAAGGAGGGUCUGGAAGCAACCCGGAAGAUCCUGGAUCCAUUUGAAGAACAUCAUGCAUACAUUUGUCGCAGGGGACACUGCGCACCCAAGAUCAGCUGAAAUUUAUGCUUACUUGGAGAAGUUGAUGGAGAGGUUGAAGGAUCUGGGGUAUACAAGUAGAACUGAUCUUGUUGCUCAUGAUGUAGAGGAGGAACAAAGGGAAACGGCUCUGAAGUUCCACAGUGAGAAGCUUGCCAUUGCGUUUGGGAUCAUCAGCACUCCAAGUGGAACUCCACUUCGGAUCUUCAAGAAUCUGCGUGUUUGUGUGGACUGUCAUGAAGCAAUCAAGUACGUAAGCCAAGCCACAGAUAGGGAGAUUGUUGUGCGAGAUCUGUACCGGUUUCAUCAUUUCAAGGAUGCUAAGUGUUCUUGCGAGGAUUUCUGGUGAAAAUUUUACUUCGACAAUAUCUGGUGACAAAUUGAUGUAUCAAAAGUAGCUUGGAUUCCUGCUCUACCAUUGGUCCAUGCUGUCUUAAAAUUUCGACCAUCGAACAGAUGUGUGUGAAAGUGUGAGGGAGGCAAGGAGUUUCAUGCAAUCAUUUCCAUGAUGACAGGGUGGUUGACACAUCAAACUAACCCCCUAGAUUAGGUAAGUUACUACUGAUAUGCACAAAGCUAGAAACAAUCAGGAUUAUUGUUUUAACAGUGUGGACGGCCCAGGUGCCUUAGCCCCUACUGCAGGACCACUACUUUCAAAGGUCUGCUACAUCAGAUGCCUGCAGGGCAAACAAAAAAAAACUUCCAAUAGCUCCAGGUUUUCCAAUGUAUUACCAAAAGCAGAGAAGAAGAAUUUAGGAGCUGAUUCAUCGCUAAACCUUUUAUGUUAGUGUCUGGAUGCCCUUGGAUGAUGUGAUGUCCAAGCAACUCAAGCUGGCCAUGAAGCUGCAAUGCAGGUAAUACAAGUUAUAUUUACUUCAAACUUUUUGCUGACUACCCAUGAUGGAUGAUGCUACGAUCAUACAGCUAUGCUGGAUGCGGUCCUCGCUUUCAGCCACAGAUACCAAUUCUCUGAAAAUGUAAAUACAAUUAAUGGAAUUUGAUAUGUACACUCCUGGAUUGCAUAGAAGUUUCCAAUCAAAGUUCUCAAAGUUAACACUUCCACCAAACAAAUAUUAUGAUACACUUGUUGUUAUGUCAUAUUUCGACAUACAUAACAUUCUUAGUAUAUGUUGCUUUACGUUAUGAUCGUGCUGUGUAGGAUCAAUCCGCGUCUCACUUUGUACUUCUAUUGAGCGAAAUCUUUCCCAUCGCAAAGAUGACACCCAGAGGUCUGGAGGACAAAGUGUAGACAGGAGGUUCAGUAAUUUUAUUUUUCUCUCUUCUGUUGUCAUUGUCUUAGCUUCUGCUUGCCUGACUACUAAGUAGAUAACAACAGUUUAUGAGAUGGUUAAUAAUAGAGAAAGUGAAAUAACUAUGGCUGAACUAUGAGAAAGUCGAACCUUUUUCAUUUUGGUUACCUAUGAGCACAUCACUGAAAAUGAUAAAUAAGUUCUCCAUUGUGAAACUGCAGAAUUUGCUUCCUUUUGCAGGCAAUACUUGGAAAAGACGAUGCUGCAUACUAAAGGAUUCAGGUGCAUAACCAUGAGUUCCAGUGCACUAGAUCUUGUAGCACUUAGCAAUGAGGCCCUAUCCAUUAGUAUUCCACAUAGGAAAUCCAUUAUAGAAAAGAAAUACAAUUAGAUUAGCUCUUCAUAGACAAACUUGUUGUUUGCUAGUCAAGGUAAGAUCGCCUCGGGAUCAUGGGACCUUUUUCUACUAGAUAGGAGGGCUCUUGUACAAAUUAGACUUAUAAGUGAUAACCUCAUAGAAUCAAUGCAUCUAUAUAAAGAGGCAAUUCUGCCAGGAAGCAGGGUUUUCUUUGGUCAAAAGGUACCUCGAACUUGGAACGAAUAUAAAUAAGUCAUUUCAUAUUUGAACUCUUUAGUGGAUUUAGGUUGUGCCCAUUGGAUUGCUCCAUUCAAAUUACGUUCCCCAGGCCCUAUCAAGCUUCAUAUUAUGGCUGUGUGCAUCGAUUGAUGCAGAGGCCGGGGGUAUUCCCUCCUUUUCGAAAAAAAAAAUCAAGCUUGUUUCCAAGUUUUGGUUAUGUCCAUUGGAUUGCUCCAUUUAAAUUAUGUUCCCCUGGCCCUAUCAAACUUGUUAACUUCCAACUUUUGGUUGUGUCCAUUGGAUUUAGUCUGUUAACUUCAAGUUUUUCUUUCGUAUAAUUUCAGAUAAUCAGAAAGGUAACUGAUGUUCUGACCCAAUUAUCCCACCUACCUCUUUCAAUUGAGGCACAUGCUCAAACCAAGACUUUCUGAUUAUGGUUGAACAGCUGGAACUUAAUCAGGAAUCUGAUACUUGAACAUAUAAAUUGUCUCAACAGGGAUUUAAUACUUCAAAGGCUUAUCUUGCUAUUACUGAUAUAUUGACAUCCGAAUUCUUUAACCAUGCUGCCAACUUAAACACAAGGUGUUCUGAUGUCUUCUGUUAAUUAACAGGUUAAAUACCAGACCUAUGCUUUAGAAGAAAAUUUUCUAUCUCCCUUCAUAUGAACGUGUGCUGUGCAAUAGCGUACAAGUGUAAUCAUGAGAUCAUCUGUUUUUUGGCUGUACAAGUGCACUGGCAUGUUGGAGCUACAUUUGCCCUGCUUUUCUUCCUCAGCCUAAUAUUCAUCAAAAUUUCAUCAGAAUCAGGUGGCACUUGAAUGUCCCAUUUCACAUGGAGAUUGUCACACUUGUCUGCUGGAGUAUUUGAAAGAUUGGAAAUGAUUGCAUCUUCAAUGGGGCUCAACCAUGUCUCUAUGGAUGAAGAAGAAUCUUUAAAGAGGAGCUGAACCUUGUUUUUCAUAAGAGAAACUGUAGAUGAUGUUGAAUUGGUUGCUGAUGGAGGUACAGUUUGAUUAUCAUCAUCCGUUGAAGCUUUUUCUUCGUUCAUAAUUUCAAAAACUGUAGAUGAUGUCGAAUUGGUUGUUGAUGGAGGUGAUGCCAAUGGAUCACCAUUUAUCUGAAGAUCUGAAAUCUGAGAUGGAAGGUGAUGUCAAUGGAUCAUCCAAAACACUUGAUUCACAAUUUUUUGCUUUCUUUAAA